AAUCUCAAGACAAGUGAAAACAACUAGUUGGGGAUAAUGUUGAUAACAGGGGGAGAGAUUGCGUCAUCAUCUUCAUCAUCUGCUUCAACACAAUGCUACCUUUCUUGCAAAUUUCGCACUCCAUUUCAUUAUAAAAGAAAUAAUAAUAAUAUUUGCAGAGCCACACUUUCUGUCCACACAAGAAGAACCAAAAACAACACUCUCUUAUCCACCAGCUGCGAGAGCUCUAAUUUUGAUCCACUAGGUAUCAAUACAGGUAAAACAUCAGGUCUGGGUUCUGCUUGGGAAAGUGUUUUGGGAUUGUUUUCAGAGACAUUUGAAAGUUCAUUUGGUACAAAAAAUGAUAAAUCUUCCCCAUCUAGAGGAGCGGCAGCUGCAAUAGAGGACACUUCCAUCGAUUUUGGUGACUUCUUCAAAGGCCCAUUACCUGGAAAGUUUCUUAAACUUUUGGGGUACUUAGCUUUGUCUCGACUCGGAAUAUACAUACCACUUGGUGGAGUGAACCGAGAAGCAUUUGUAGGGAACUUGGACCAAAACAGUAUUUUAAGUACUUUGGACACAUUUUCUGGAGGAGGAAUAGGUCGGCUCGGGAUAUGCUCCCUUGGUAUAGUCCCGUUCAUUAAUGCAUCUAUCGUGUUUCAACUUCUUACACAAAUUUACCCCAAGUUACAAGAACUUCAAAAAAGAGAAGGUGAAGCAGGGAGAAAGAAAAUUCUUCAGUAUACUCGAUAUGCUUCUGUUGGGUUUGCUGUGGUGCAGGCAAUUGGUCAAGCACUGUUUCUUCGUCCAUAUGUCGAAGACUUCAGCACUCAGUGGGUCUUAUCUUCUGUUAUCUUAUUAACACUUGGAUCAGUGUUGACAACAUUUAUUGGAGAAAGAAUCACAGAUUUAAAACUUGGAAAUGGUACGUCACUUCUGAUUUUUACAAGCAUCAUCUCCUAUCUGCCAGCAUCAUUUGGUAGAACAGUUGCCGAGGCUUUUCAAGAUGGUAAUUAUACGGGUCUAGCUGCCAUCGUUUUUUCAUUCUUCCUGCUAGUUCUUAGCAUCGUCUAUGUUCAGGAAGCCGAAAGAAAAAUUCCUAUUAAUUAUGCUUCAAGGUACAGUAGUAAAUCAGGGGGGCUUCAGAAAUCUGCCUACCUGCCUUUCAAGGUCAACAGUUCGGGAGUAAUGCCAAUCAUAUUCUCCACGUCAUCAUUAGCUCUUCCUGCCACUCUAGCACGGUUUACUGGUUUAAAUGUUCUAAAAAAUGCCGCCAUCGGCUUGAAUCCAGGGGGUGCUUUCUAUCUCCCAACAAACAUAUUAUUGAUAGGCUUCUUUAACUAUUACUACACUUUCCUACAACUGGAUCCCGAUGAUGUCAGUGAACAGUUGAAGCGUCAAGGUGCCUCCAUUCCUCUGGUACGGCCUGGCAAAAGCACAGCGGCAUUCAUCAGAACGGUUUUAAGUAGGAUAUCAGUUUUAGGGUCAGUAUUUUUGGCGGUUCUUGCAGCUGGGCCUGCUGUUGUGGAACAAACGACACACCUCACAGCUUUCCGUGGAUUUGCGGGUACCUCAGUCUUAAUUCUGGUUGGUUGUGCUACAGACACGGCAAGAAAAGUUCAAGCAGAGAUAAUUUCUCAGAAAUACAAGAACAUCGAGUUCUAUGAAAUAGACAAAGAUACCACCUUCUAAACAUAGAAAUCUAAAAAUAGUUUUGUAUUCAAAAUACAUAUUUAUGUAGUUUGGUUUAGCAAUUGUAUUUAUUUCUAUUUCAUAUGUAUCAUAUUUUCAAGUCAUAUACAUGCAUGAUUCAUUUAA